AUGGCAGCGGCAGAUCUUCUGGUCGUUUUUCUUGACCUGAUUCUGAGGCAGAUUCCGGUUGUUUAUAAGAACUACUUCAGUUUUUUGUUUUCGCUGCGCAUGUGUAACAUCCAGGCAGUCAUGAUUUACGCAGCCACCGACUGUUCGGUUUGGUUUACCGUCGCUUUCACUUUUGAUCGAUGUGUGGCCAUUUGUUACCAGAGGCUGAAGAAUAAAUACUGCACUGAGAGAAUGGCGACAGUGGUCCUGGGGACAGUGACAGCUGUGAGCUGUUCAAAGAAUAUUUUCUGGUAUUUUAUUCUCACCGGUGUGUAUUUUCUUGCUGAUAACCCCAGAUUUUGCGGGACAAGAAAUGGUUUUCUGGGUUCUCCAGUCUGGGGAACAAUUGCUAUCCUCCAUUACCUGAUCACCCCUGUGGUCCCGUUUGUCCUGGUUCUGCUGCUCAAUGCAGUGACUAUCAAACACGUUUUAGUGGCCAGCAGAGCCCGCAAGAGGCUCCGGUGUUCCAGCGCUGGGAAAACUCCCAGAGAUCCAGAAAUGGAGAGCCGCAGAAAAUCACUCAUCCUUUUGCUGGCAAUUUCGGGGAACUUCAUUUCAUUAUGGGCAUUGUUUACAGUAAAUUACAUAUGGUUCCAACUGUAUUACCUGGUGGGGGUGAUAGAUUUUCCACCUUAUUCAAUGCAGGAGGUGGCCUUCAUGUUGCAGCUCCUAAGCUGCUGCACAAAUACGGCUAUUUACGCUAUGACCCAGACGCUUUUUAGGGAGCAGCUGAAAAAUAUUGUGAAAAAUCCUCUCACUCUCAUUAUCAAACACACCCAUUUCCGACGAAGGCCAAACAAUUCACUGCCUUGUUCUGUCUAA